AUGGCGAUCGGACGCUUGGCGGGGAGCCCGGCAUGGCGGGGAGAGGGAGUGAGGAGGAUGAGGGAGAGAUGGCGGAAGGGAGGAGGGAUCAUGAUGAGAGAGGAGAGCUGGAUGAGGCUGAGUGAGAGGAGGAGCGAGGGGUUCCGGGGUGUGAGUACGGGAAGAAUCGUCUCAGUGGUUCCCCCGCAAGGACAGAGUGGAGGGAGACUCGUACGGGAGUUCGUCUUCGACUCGCUGUAUGCUCCAGGGAAAGGUUACUUCCAGAGAGAUCAAGACGUGGUGGGAUCAGUCACAGACUUCAAGUCGAUGCCAGGUGCUGCCACAUGUCCUUGCUCCUUCUCCAACAAGUCUUACGCUAUGUUGGUGGCAGGAGGCAGCGCGGCCGGCAUGAAUUUCAAUGAGAUGCUGUCGGAGACGGAGUACCGAGUGAAGGUGCAGUCACUGUAUGACCAGGGAGGAUCGGCAUGGCUCACUCCGUCGGAGCUGUUUCAUCCCUUCUACGCUCAGAGCGUCGCCCGUCACUUCGUGGACAGCCUCAGGGCAAGCGAGGCGCUCGGGGCACCAGGGAGGAAGUUCCACGUCAUCGAGAUAGGAGGAGGGAACGGAACCUUUGCGUUGGGGUUCCUUGACUACGUGAAGAGCAGCGAUCGCAGCGUGUACGACAGGAUGAAGUACAGCAUGGUCGAGGUCUCGCACAAGCUCUUCUUCAUCCAGAAGAGGAGGGUCUGCGGUGCCCAUCCCUGUGCUGAGGUCCAUCACGCGGAUGCGACCAGCUUCCUGGCGGGGAGGAAGAGCGGGAAUGACAUGGUCCAAGUUCUGGCCGAGGGGGAGGAUCGAGAGACGCUGCUGAUCGGCAUGGAGGUGCUGGACAACCUUGCACACGACAAGAUCGUGGUGUCAGAGUCUGGAGACAUCUUCGAGGUCGCCGUCGUGAGCAAGGAGGAGGCGGCCAAGGCAGCGUUGGUGGAGGAGGGCAAGAGAUCGUUCGUAGCGGAGGAGGCGGCCAAAAGAGCGUUCGUGGAGGAGUGGAGGCCGCUGAGGGAUGACAAGAUCAUCAGCUACCUGCAGGACUCGGGCAUGUGGGACGAACUGAACGUGUUUGCCUGCCCGGACUCGAAGCGGCUCAAGUGUCGAACUCCCUCGCGGGUGAUGGACGGCAAGCUGCUGACCCGCUGCCUCUCGUGGCUCAAGUUGACGCCGCGCCACCAAGAGAUCUUCUUGCCCACGAGUGCUCAUAGUUUGAUCAAGCUCAUUGCUGACUCUCUUCCUCGCGUCCACGUCGUCUUGGCAGAUUUUGACUUCCUGCCAGACGCCAUCCCAGGGAUAAAUGCUCCGGUGGUGCAGUCGAAGCUGGACGGGAGGAGCAGAUUUCACAAGUCCUACCUGACCAGCCCAGGCCUGUACAAGAAACUAACAGGAAGGGAGGGGUUUGUCCUCAAACACAAAGAAUUCUGCUCCAGGUACGGCGACACCGAGAGGACCGCGUGCAUGAACGGGUACAACCCGCUGCUCGAGGACUACUCCAACAUGUCCAUGCUCGUAUCCUACUGGCCAGAGAAAGGAAAAUCAGCCUGA